AAGGUAAGUAGGAGGGCGGCGUUUGGGUUUGGAAACAAAUUAUCCUCAGCAGCAUCCCGUGAAGACACACCUCAAUCUCAUCAUCGACGGCCUCACAUAAUAUCUCAAUCGAAGAAGAUUCACAUGGGAUUCUUGUACUGAAAUGGCUUCUUCUUCACUGCAAUUGCAUCACCCUAUUUCUAUCCCGCAUUGGGUUUCAACAAAUGCAUUCGCACACAACAAAACAUACCACCGAAUUUGGAAGAGGAACACCAAAUAUCCAGGCUUUCUUCUUCAAGCCUCUGGUCAAGAUAAUAAUAGUUUGAUUAAGGAUGAUGAUGUAGUCAAAUCAAAAACCAAUACCAUGCUUCUCCUACAACACCAAAUUUCAAGGCUACGACAAACAAUCAUUGCUUCACCUCCUGUUGUUUUUCUGGUAAAAAGUUCUCCUACUUCCAUAUUUAUGCUUGGGUUUUUUAUAGCCACAACUGUGUUGAUUGUUGCGGUGCGAGUUUAUGUGGCAAGAAAAUCGAGCUACAAACGCGCGGGAUCCGUUGCCGAUCUUGUCAGGCGUGGCCAGCUAAACUCCGGAAGAGGCAUAUCAAAGCCAGUGAUGUAUGACGAUCCAUUUAACAACCCACAAGUGAAGAUUAGUAAGAACAAUUCAACAGUCGAAAUGUGUGGAAAGGUUUACAAAUUGGCUCCAGUGACUCUAACAAGAGAAGAGCAAGACAUACAUCAAAAAAGACGCUCACGUGCGUAUCAGUGGAAGAGACCCACAAUAUUCCUGAAAGAAGGAGACCCCAUACCCUCUGAUGUGGACCCUGAUACAGUUAGAUGGAUCCCCGCAAAUCAUCCGUUUGCAACAACCAUUAACGAUAUUACUGAAGAUUUGGCUCAAAAAAACGUGUAUCAAAAGCAUGGCGUUCCGUUCCGUAUUCAGGCCGAGCAUGAGGCCUUGCAGAAAAAACUUGAAGCUUUGCAGAGUGAUCAGAAGUUGAACAAUAUGGUAAUUGAUCCAGGAACGGCUCGAAAUUUUGAGAGACCGUUCAAGUCAAAUUCCAAGUUAGAUGAUGAGCAGGUGGAACAGAAGUCAACAAAUGGUCAAACAGGCUCUCGACCAGAAAGUCAACCCAAUUCUCAUAGCAGUUCAACUUCUGAAGAGAAACAAACGCUGUAGAAACUACUUGAACAAGUAAAUAGUUUUGGAUGUAUUUUGCAUUCUUGAUCUCGACUGUUACUGUUGUUGACGUUUGAUUAGUCAAAAUCAUCUUUCAUUUUCCUUUCUAAAAA